AGAAAAAUUGUCACAGAUAUUGCUUACUUUUCAAUUCAAGUCGGCAUGGCAUCGAACGUCUCGAAAUUUGCGAAUCUAAAGAUGACAAGAAUCCGAAAAUCGUAACACUUGAAAAUUGUGUUAAGAUAACGCAAGAACCAGCCCCAGCUAAUCUCAUACAAGUUAUCAAAAAAACUGAAUCUUUGACGUUGAACACAUUGUCAGAAGAGGAUUUAAAAGAAUGGACAAAUGCAUUGCAAAUGGUUGCCUUUCGAAACAAAAACAGCUUACACACUUCGCAAGCAGCGAUAGAAGAAGAUAAUGAUUUAUAUUGCAGUUCGUUUGGCGAUGGUUUAUUCAUUGUUACUCUUAUUCCCUCCGACACAUCAAUCCGUUGCAAUCUUGAAGCAAAAUCGUACAUGCUUCACUUAACUGCAACUGAGCUUCAAUUGAAGUGCACCGAUGACCUUAACGAAAUAAGAGCAAGGUGGCCAUACCGGUUUAUUCGAAAGUAUGGGUAUCGUGAUGGCAAAUUUACUUUCGAAGCAGGCAGGAAGUGUUGCACUGGAGAAGGCAUAUUCACACUUGAUCAUACCAACCCACAAGAAGUAUUCAGAUGCAUGGCCGCAAAAAUGAAGUCAAUGAAGAAGUUGAUAAACUGUGACAAUCUAAAUAACGACGUAAAUGAAAACCAUUUAAACAUUGCCGCAAAUAUGGAGGCGGGUUCCCGCAGCCCUUUAGCACCAAACAAUCAGCAGUGCAUAAGCAUCGAUAGUAAUUCACAAAGCAACGUUUCUUACCGAGAGUUCACCACAUCAAGUGAUUCCAUUAACAGUUUCUUUGCGAAUUCUAAUUCCACCUCAAUAUCGACUUUACCGCCUCCAAUUAUGAAACACAUUCCGAAUAAACCCCCGCGAAAAAUGCAGCCCCCAUUUGCCUCGUUCACAAGUUCUAAUAAAACCGUAAGCAAAUAUCAAAAUUAUGAUGCAGUUUCAAUAACUACGGCGAGUGAUCCCAACAAAACUAUUGGAUCAAACCUUGUUCUUAAGCCUAACUCUCCAGAGUGUGUGCGAAAACAAAGUCUAAAUCCGCAUAAAGAAAAUAAGUCAACAUCAGGAAUUGAACGAGAUUACGAAAGCAUAGAGGCAGUUACUGAUGCGUGGAAAACACUUGGGAUAGAUGAGGUGAAACACACUGAACGGAUUUUGGCUAACCAUGGCGAUGAAGUUUUCAUAGAACCAAGUUGGCAACGCUCCGUCAAUGUAUGCCAACGUUCCUUAAAGGAAGCAUUUGUGCCAUCUAAGGUCUCGAGAGUAAUAGAUAUAGAUAUUGGUGAGGGCGGAGGAGGUGGAGGAGCCUGCACAAGUACAAGAAUUAUUGAUGAUACUUAUGAUCGUCUUGAUUUCAUGUCACCAAAUAAUAAUACUUCGAGCGGAUAUAACACUAUUGUGUCUAUCAUAUCGCCGGCUCGUAAACGCUGCGAUUCCCCCUCACUAAGUGACUAUGAAUUUAUUGGAAAUCCUGAAAUCCAAAUGAUAAACACUGUGGUUAGUCGAACUUCGAAUACAACAUCGCCCUCCCUCUCUUCGCUUGCACUUAAUUGUAAUAUUGCCGGUUCCAAAUAUUUUGAUUCGUCCGCCGGACAGCAAACUUUUCAAGAUGCCAAAAUUUCACCGACUCACCAGAAUUAUAGUGGCAUAAACUAUACAAUAGUUAGUAAGCCUAAAAGAGUUUGAUACUGACAUUUUAUUUAAAAGCAUCCCCUUUCAAAACUGUGAUUGUCGUAUUUGAAUUAAAAGUGUACGAUUGAUUUACAAAAAAAUACGUGUAAAUCCAUACAUAAAUAUGUGCGCCAUAUUAAAAAAUUAGACCUGUAUUGCAUUUAGAA